AGUGAGUGAGACAGUUGGGUUGUACGGCCAAACCAGCGCAACCCCACGAGAGAAGAAAUCGGCAGACUGCAAUGGGCUGCGCGGGAACCCUGGCACCGCCCUCGCGGCUCAGACCCAAAGCAUCCCUAAGCGGCGCCGCCGCCCUGGGCCGGGCUUCCCUGGCCGGUUGCCAGGCGGCGCAGACGCACUGGUUGCGUCUCCCCACCAAUCUCGACCCUCGACGCGUUCCGUUCGUGCGCAGAGGAGCCGGGCGGAAGGCGAGGCAGCUCGGCGGGCAGGGGCUGCGACGCGCCGACCAGCUGGGCCCAGCGACGGCGCGGAUGGCGGACUCGCGGCUCUUCCGCGUGGCCGAGGAGCGCAGCGGCCACUGCGCCGUGGUGGACGGAAACUUCCUCUACGUGUGGGGGGGCUACGUGUCUAUUGAAGAAAAUGAAGUAUAUUUGCCUAAUGAUGAAAUUUGGACCUAUGAUAUUGAUAGUGGUUUGUGGACAGUGCAUCUCAUGGAAGGAGAACUCCCUACCUCCAUGUCAGGAAGUUGCGGUGCUUGCAUUAGUGGAAAGCUGUAUGUCUUUGGAGGAUAUGAUGACAAAGGAUACAGCAAUCGACUUUAUUUUGUUAAUUUGCGAACAAGAGAUGGAACCUAUGUUUGGGAAAAAAUCACCAACUUUGAAGGACAACCACCCACACCACGUGAUAAACUUUCUUGCUGGGUAUAUAAAGACAGAUUAAUAUAUUUUGGUGGCUAUGGGUAUAGGAAACACAGUGAACUCCAAGACUGUUUUGAUGUUCAUGAUGCAUCUUGGGAAGAAGAGAUAUUCUGGGGAUGGCAUAAUGAUGUUCACGUAUUUGACACAAAGACACAUAGUUGGUUUCAACCAGAAAUUAAAUACCUAGAUUUUUAUAUUUUUUCCCCUUGCCACAGGAUUUCUAUUAAUGGAGAAAAUCCCAAACAUCGGUCAUGGCAUACUUUAACACCAGUAGCUGAUGAUAAACUUUUCCUAUUUGGUGGACUAAGUGCUGACAAUAUUCCAUUAAGUGAUGGGUGGAUUCAUAAUGUUGUAACAAAUUGUUGGAAAAAACUUACACAUUUACCUAAAACAAGACCCAGGUUAUGGCACACAGCCUGUUUGGGAAAAGAAAAUGAAAUAAUGGUAUUUGGUGGGAGCAAAGAUGAUAUACUUUCCUUGGAUACAGGUCACUGUAAUGAUUUACUUAUCUUUCAAAUACAGCCUUAUUCACUACUUAGGUCAUGCCUUGACUGUAUUGGUAAAAAUGCUAUAAUUUUAGAAAGUCAGAUAUCUUUAUUACCUCCUAAGCUUCUGCAACAAGUACUCAAAAAAAUAACGUUUUGGGCUGCAGCUAAUCACCGAGAAGAACAAAGAGCUCGAAAAGAAGAAAGAGAAAAUAAGUAUCAGUGGAUCAGUAGCAAUUAACUUGUUAUAUACUGUCUAUAUUUAAUAUGCUUGAACAUUUUAAUCAGACCAUAUCUCCCAAAUUGGAGGCUGUAUGUAAAUGAAAAAUUUAAAACACAAAUGCUAUAUUAGAGUGAUUAUAUGACAUGGGAUAUAGGGGAUAAGAUGUUAAUGGCAGAUUAUAUUUAUAUUUGUAAACUAAUUUCCUUGUAAGCAGUAAAAAGUAAGUACAAUUGUAAGAGAUCUAAUUCACUGUGUACUCUGUAUUGGAAAGAUUAUGCAAAUUUGAGAAGAAUAAGAAAUUACCACAAGGACUUUAGAAAUCCCCGAACAUGAUAGAUGAAAGCACUGUAUAUCACUUUCCAAAAAGAAUACAACUUCUUAAGUCACUUAAAAAUUAUCUAAGGCAUCUCAUUAACUCAUUUUUAAACUUUCACCUUAAAUAACUGAUACAGCUGGCCAAAAUUAUAAAAUAGGGAAACUCUGGUAGGGUAUGAAAUCCUGAACUAUCCUUUUCGCACUUACCCAGUAAAAUAUUCUUAAGCAGCCUCAUAACUUUUCCUCACCUUUGAGUGGGAGAAUAAAUGUCUUCAGUUGUCUUUCUGUUGCCCCUAUGUUACUAGUUUGUCCAAUUUUAUGUAUACAAACACACACACACACACACACACACACACACACCAUGUUUUAGUGUCUAAAGUGGAGGUUUAUAAAUCAUACAGGCCUUGAAAUAUUGAGAAGCAGUCUAUUUAUUAACUUUUGUGACACAUUAAAGUACAUUUAGCCUUGAAGAGUGCUUCUAAAAUAACUUCAUAAAUAAUGAAAUGGGAGGGUAACCUAGUUAUUUGCCUUUAUAGAAAUCCCUUGAUUUGACCUACACCAUUCUACAGAAUUGGGGCUCAAGACCCAGGAUACUGACAAUAUGUUAUCUUCCCAUUUAUUUUCAGUGUUAACUGCCUAUACAGAAAUGGAACACUAUAUUUAUCUUUAUAUUCCUUAAAGCAGUAUUUUUUACCAUAAUGAACAAGUUGUCAGUUAUACCCCUCCAUUGAAUUACAAGGAAUUACUAAAAAGCUCAGUAUAUAAAAUUACUCUUCACAAUACCACCAUUGCAAAUUAUCUCUGAAAUUUAAAAUGUUUGAGAAAAUAUAUUUCUAUGUUGACAUAUACAUGUAGUUUAUAAUGAAAUUACAGGAGUUUGUAGUAUUUCACUAAAUUUUAUAUAUAUAUUGUAUUUUGGAUGUGUAAAACUUCUAUUUAUGUAUUGAGAUAUUUUGUUUACAUUUUAUUUAUUGUACAAACUAUAUAGAUUUACUAUUUUCCUAGUUUUGUUAGUGUGAACCAGUCAUUAGAGUUGAUUGUGCAAAUGAUAUUUCAGUUUUCAUUUUUUUAUGCUAUAUUUAGGCUGAAUAACAGAUUUAGAAAAUGAAUCUCACAGAUAAUAUACAUCUUGGAAUUAAUUAUCUUAUUACUAUGAAUUUACUAUAAAGUUUAUACUAUAUUUAGGCUGAAUAACAGAUUUAGAAAAUGAAUCUGUAUCAGCAUUUUAUAUUUAGGGGAAAAAUACCAAAACCUAUUGGAUAGUGAUAGAUGAUGAUGAUUGGAAUGAAUGCUUUUUUCAAUGGCUUCUGGAUUGUGGGGAUGCCUUCUCUGGUCUUUUAGAAGAACACUUUUGUUUUUAAAUGGUUACUUAGAAUAUUAAAAGUUGGAUUAGUCCCCUCAAAAUACACACUAUCAUGUAAGCUUCAAGAGAAUGAAAAUCUCUGUAUAUUGUCUGGCACACAAAACUGGUGCUAUUCUUAUUUGACUUAGUAUACUGUGCUGCUUCAGAAAGUUACAUGUCCUGAGGCAGCCCCACAGUAGGUGUGACAGGGAAUUCUGAUUAUUACCUUCAAUUUCCAAAACGUGGCUUAAACCAGGGCUUCCCUGCUGUUAGGAGGUAUAGAAAAUCUGGAAGCUGGCAAAGCCUGUUUUGAAGUUUCACACCAAGCAGUAUUCAUUCUUCACUUUUCAACAGCUGAUGGUUUAUGAACUUUUGUGCUGACCUCUGCAGUCUACAGAAACCCAAGAUAUGAUAGCCUCAUAACUUUAUCUCUGAACUCUCCCUUAUUGGCUCCAUUUGAAGAUGAGUCUAGAAGGGUUGACUUUUCUCAGGUGGCUCACAAAAUAGUCUGGCUCUAAGGAAAAGGAAUUUCUGGCCAACUUUACUGUCUCUCAUUCCAGUUGCCAGGAAAAAUUCUUCUGAGGCUAUUAUCAUUUUUAGUAUGAUACAGUAAAUAACACAUCAAAAUUUGUGUACAUUUUUCCAGAUAGUAUCUUUGCACAAAUGCCUUUCAAAAAGUUACUAACCUUUUGAUAGAAGCUUAAAAAUAUUCUUUAGAAAUUGAUACUGUCAGCCCAGGCACAAAGCAAUGUGUUUACCAAUACAUUAUUUUAUAUGUA